AAAGCAGUUGUCACACAUAAGAUAUCAAAAUAUUUAGUGUUCCAGAAGAAAACAACUAAAAAAUGUUUGUUUACUUGAGUAAAAAGAUUGCCAUUCCAAACAAUACAAAACUUAGAUAUGUAUCCUGGAAUAAAGAGCAGGGGUAUAUAGCCUGUGGAGGAGAGGAGGGACUUCUGAAGGUACUCAGACUGGAAACUCAGACAGGGAAAGAUGUGAAGGUGAAAGGACUGGCAGCUCCCAGUAACUUAUCUAUGAAUCAGACCCUUGAGGGCCACAGUGGAGCGGUGCAGGUUGUAACUUGGAAUGAGCAUUAUCAGAAACUGACCACUAGUGACCAGUAUGGACUCAUCAUUGUGUGGAUGUUAUACAAAGGUUCUUGGUACGAAGAAAUGAUUAACAAUAGGAACAAGUCUGUCGUACGAAGUAUGGGCUGGAAUGCAGAUGGACAGAAAAUCUGCAUUGUGUAUGAAGAUGGCUGUGUUAUUGUGGGCUCAGUGGAUGGAAACAGGAUAUGGGGGAAAGAAUUAAGGGGUCAACAGCUGGCUCAUGUUGUGUGGUCUCCUGAUGGAAAAGUCCUCUUGUUUGGAAUGACCAAUGGUGAGGUUCACAUAUAUGACAACAUGGGGAAUUUCAUUUCCAAGUUGAAUAUUUACUGCCUAUCUGGUGUCAGUGGGGCCAUUCAUAUCGCUGGUAUCGCCUGGUACAAUGGCCUUAAUGGCUACCUUGAACCCAACUGUCCAUCUCUGGCUAUCUGUUUUGAAUCUGGUCGCUGUCAAAUCAUGAAGAAUGAAAUUGAUGAAAAUCCCAUUUUGAUUGACACUGGGAUGAUGGUGGCUCAGAUUCAGUGGAACCACUGCGGGUCAGUUUUGGCAGUGGCUGGGUCACAGAGAGCUCUGGGUCAAGAAAAAGAGGUCAAUGUUGUCCAGUUUUACAAUCCUUUUGGAGAGCAUCUGAGGACUUUGAAAGUGCCUGGAAAACAAAUGUAUAGCUGUUCUUGGGAGGGUGGCAGUCUGAGAAUUGCACUGGCUGUAGACAGUUUCAUCUACUUUGCUAACAUUAGGCCUGAUUACAAGUGGGGUUUCUGUUCCAACACAGUGGUGUACUCCUUUACAAAACCAGAGAGGGUGGAACAUUGUGUGAUUUUCUGGGACACCAAGAAUGGAGAGAAAUAUGUUAAGUAUGUAAGGAAUCUCAUUGCCAUAACAGCAUGUGGCGAUUACUGUUGCCUGGCAACCAAAGCAGAUGAGACUACUGGACAGUUUGUCUUGGUACUUUGCAAUUCUAUUGGAACACCACUGGAUUCCAAGUAUGUAGAAAUUGACCCAGUAUAUCUAACCAUGACAAAGACACACAUCAUGUGUGCUUCCAAAGAGGCUCUUUACACCUGGCAGUUUAAGAAUCCUAAGAAACUCGCCACCCUGGAUAUGCCGGGACGCCGUCGUACAGGAACAGAGAGACUGUAUCACAUUGAUGACCAGCCCACUGGAGCGACAGCCACAGAGGAGGUGGACUUCAGUAAAGCUUUCAAUAGGUUUCACCUGAGGAACAAGGGUACCGAGGAUCCUGUUUGUGCCAUCUGUGCUUCAGACAAAGUUUUGAUUGUGGGGAGAGAAUCAGGCACCAUCAACAGAUACUCCAUGCCUAUGUUGUCCCUGACACAUAAGUAUGCCAUUGGGUGCCGGCCACACCAGCUGUCCCUCAACUGUACAUCAAGUCGGUUGGCCAUUAUUGAUAUUAGUGGAGUUCUGACCUUCUUUGACCUUGACACAAGAAUCACUGACCAAGACGGCAAAGAGAUUGUUGGAGAACAGCUGAAGUUUGAGAGAAAAGAUGUCUGGGAUAUGAGAUGGGCUGAGGAUAACCCAGAGUUGUUUGCAAUGACAGAAAAAACAAGGAUGUACAUAUUUAGGAACCUAGACCCAGAGGAGCCUAUCUUAAGCAGUGGAUAUAUUUGCCAGUUCAAUGACCUGCAGAUUAAGUCAGUGUUGCUGGAUGAAAUAAUGAAGGACCCUGAAAAUCCUACAAAAGACAACAUGGCUGAAAUGGAAAUUAAGUCUUUGAGAGAUACCAGAGAUUUACUGGAGAAGGUUGGUAUCAAUGAUGCUCAGCAGUUCAUAGAAGACAAUCCUCACCCCAGACUCUGGCGACUGCUUGCUGAGUCUGCUCUAGAACAACUGAAUCUUAAGGUCGCUGAACAAGCAUUUGUCAGAUGCAAGGAUUACCAAGGAAUUGAAUUUGUCAAAAGGCUUGGAAAUUUACAGAAUGAAAACAUGAAGAAAGCAGAAGUAUGUGCUUAUUUCAGAAGAUUUGAGGAAGCUGAGAGGAAGUAUUUAGAUAUGGACAGAAGGGACCUGGCUGUGAGUUUAAGGAAGAAGUUGGGAGACUGGUUCCGAGUGGUACAGUUACUGAAGACGGGAUCUGGAGGAGAUGAUGUACAGCUAGAGGAAGCCUGGAACGCCAUCGGCGAUUAUUAUGCUGACCGACAAAAAUGGCAGCAGGCAGUGACCUACUACGUCCAGGGCAGAAACCAGGAGCGGCUGGCAGAGUGUUAUUAUACACUGGAAGAUUAUGGCGGACUGGAGAAAAUGGUGCAGGCCCUGCCAGAGAACCACAAGUUACUGCCUGAAAUAGCUGAGAUGUUUACCACUGUGGGGAUGUGUGAACAAGCUGUAGCAGCCUUCACAAGGUGUAACCACAUUAAGAAGGCAAUAGACAGCUGUGUGGAUCUGAACCAGUGGAACACUGCUAUAGAGCUGGCAAAGACUCACAAUGUCCGUGAAAUAGACUCACUGUUGGCUAAGUAUGCCUCGCACCUACUGGAGAAAAACAAAAUAGUCAGCGCCAUAGAAUUGUAUCGUAAGGCAGGCCACUUCCUGAAUGCUGCCAAGCUGUUGUUUAAGAUGGCCAACGAACAAGUCAAGAAAAAAGCCAAGCCUAUCUUGAUAAAGAAAAUGUAUGUCCUUGGUGGCCUCUUGAUAGAACAGUAUCAUGAACAAAUGAAGAUGACAUCUAGAUCAAAGGUCAAGGAUAAAAGAAUGGCUGCCUCAGCACUAGCUGGCUUUUUAGAGGAAGAUGCCACAGCUAUCAGUGACAGUAAACUAAUAGACAAUGCGUGGCGAGGAGCUGAGGCGUAUCAUUUCUACCUACUGGCUCAGAGACAGCUAUACGAAGGUUAUGUUGAGGCUUCAAUGAGGACCUGUUUAUUCCUCAGAGAUUAUGAAGACAUUAUAGACCCAUGUGAUAUUUAUUCUUUAUUAGCAUUGGCGGCCAGUGCUUGUAAGGCUUUUGGAACCUGCUCGAAAGCGUUCAUUAAACUGGAGACCCUGGAAUCUCUGACCCCUGAACAAAGGUUGUCUUAUGAGGAGCUGGCUCUGGAGAUUUUCACCAAACAUGGCCCACGUGACAGCCGAAAUAAUAAAGUGGAGUGUUCGAGUUGUGCAACAAGUAUCCCUGACACUGCUUUCUCGUGUCCAAACUGUGAUACAAAAUUCCCCACCUGUAUUGUAACUGGUCGUCCGCUGAUGGAGUAUCAGUUCUGGAUGUGUAGUGCUUGUAAACACCGAGCCUUCGAGUCUGAGAUAUCCCACAGACAAACGUGUCCUCUCUGCCACACCCCUGUGUAGUUGUCAGAGAUAUCUAACAGGCAAACCUGUCCUCUCUGCCACACCUUUGUGUAGUUGUUCCCAAGGAAUACCUGUGUAUCAGGCUAGCUGUUCUUCUUCAGACACUCCUCAACAUGAUUGUUUUUGAGUACAAACUAUCUGAUGUUUAAUAUGAGAUUUCCGUCCAAAUUGUGACCAUUUUUAGAUCCGUUUAUAAAUAAAUGAGCUAUUUAUUUCUUAUA